AUGUCUUAUCAGUAUCAGGCGACAUCAGAGAUCACGGUAAAUGGAAUACCAAGCUGUGUUACUGGAUUUCGCGACGGAUACGACAGCGGUUCUGGAGGUGCGAAGACUAUGAACAGUAUGGUAGCACACAAUAUGAGCAAUUCCCUGGCAACGCUCUGCAAUAUUGGCAAUUCAUGUUAUAUGAACUCCGUACUGUAUACGUUACGAUUCGCCCCUAACUUCACACACAAUCUACACCAUCUCAUCGAGUACCUUGAGCUAGUUGUCCAGAAAUCGAUCGGUGACCAUCCAUUUUCGCUGCUGCGCCUGUCGCAUUACACAAGCACGCAGCAUCAAUUGGCACAGCAGCAUAAACCAAAAUCGUCUUCGCUAGGACGUAAUAUACCUGGACUACAUGGUGCGAACUGUCGCAGUUGGAGUAGCAAAGAUUUGGCUUCACUUGGUAGUAAUGGAAGCAAUAGUGGGGGAUCGAUAGCAACCUUCAGCAGCGUUACUGGCAGUGGCCAGAGUGUGUUUACUGGAUCUGUAAUUAACAAUGGAAUGGCAAGUGAGCCAGGCUCUAACAUAGUGUGCAGUGCGGGGGUCGCCACCACUGCGACGAAUUCUUCGAUAGGAAGCGAUAGUUCAAACAACGUCAAGCAACGUGAAAACGAAAGUGUCGUUCACACGGGAGGGGUAAAAAACAAACGACAGAUGGUAUGCGAAACACUGCACGAACUGUUUCAUAACCUAGCACGCAACGAAGCGACGGAAAUAACUGAACCAUUCCACGCCGGUAACUUGUUGCAGGCUGUCCAAUGCGUUAGUGCAACGUUCGAGGGCAAUCAGCAGCAGGAUGCGCAUGAGUUUCUCAUGUGUAUCCUUGAUAGUGUGCGCGAAGCGUGCCAGACACUCAACAAAAAUCUGGUCGAAAAUCCCGAUCUACUGAGCAAUAGCACCACUUCACAAGCGGUAGCACCAUCAGCAGAAGCAAUGGAUAACCCAAGCGUUGCCGCCACCACCUCACUGCUAUCAUCAUCCUCAGAGUCAAAGUCAGGUGGCACACCUUUUAUAGCACGCAACAUUUUCCGGCGACGCAAAGAGUCGGUGAAAAGUGCAAAAGUAUUCUCCUGCUCAAGAGAUCUAGCUAAAUCUCAGACGGCCGUACCAGCAUUCGUAACUGCAGCGGCGGUAGACUGUACUACCAAUGAGCAAACACCAACAGUCGGCAGAAACCAAACGGAUGCAUCGGCAGAUGCUGGAUGCGGAAUGGGAAACCAAGUAGAAGGAGGAAACCAAAAGACACACCUUCUCGACGGACGUGUUGAGGUGCAAGAUCGCAUUCGUGAUUUGGGGCUUAAUUUUUUUUGUGAAGACUUUGAAGGCGUUACCGUGUCCCGCACACGUUGUCUCUCCUGUGAGACAAUUACGGAGCAGAAGGAAACGAUGAUAGACAUUGCGAUUCCGAUCAUGGCCAGCGAGGUGAAUGAUGCUGCAAAAAAUCCACAGCAGUUCUAUCAGGAUGCAUGUAUCACCCAGGAGUACUUUAGGGGUGAUAAUAAGUACCGUUGUGAGGUAUGUAGCGGCUACACGGAAGCCUGCCGUACAAUAUCGUUCGACGUCCUGCCACGGUUGCUAGUACUGCAGCUAAAGCGUUUUAACGGCGACAUGGAGAAGAUUAACAGCUACAUACCGACACCGUUUGUGUUGCAGUGUUUCUGCCGUGACUGCCUUGGCAAGCAGAAUAGUGAGAGACGCCAUGUAUAUCGAUUGUACAGUGUUAUCACGCACGUUGGUGCGCGUCUAUCCGUUGGUCACUAUAUCGCUUACACGAGUGCGCUUGAUUUCCCACUGCAGUACGUAAACUGUGCACGGGAGCGCCAACGUCGUUGCGUUCUGUCUGCUACGUUCGAAGGCGGUCUGCAAGGGUCGGCCUCAGAUGGCCUCGGCGGCUAUGGGGCUCCCGUCGGUAAGGGCCAUGCUGCUGGUGGAAGUGAAAAAAGCACCUCUGGUCAGCUUAAAAAGUUGUUCGGGGGCAAAAAGGCAUCUAGUGCGAGUGAUAUGAGUAAGAAGCUGAAGAAUAACGUGAUCAGUCGGUUUUCGCCUAACAACGGUGUGGAAGCGGUACAGUUGAACGGCAAUGCAGGGCCGCAAUCCGGCAACAACGGAUCUAUCGGAUUAUCCGGUGUCGGAGAUUAUUUCAAUGGCGGCCCUUUUUGCGUUGGUGAGAGGCUCGAUGGUUCCAUUGUCAGUGGAUACGGAGGAGAAAACGGUGCGGUCAAGACUCGAGAACACAUGUUCAGCAGACUGGCGUGCCAAAGUGGAGGAUGCUGCGGAAUAAGUUUAAAGGCUGCCACACGCCACCAACAGGUAUCAGCAUCUGCUAGUGUAUGUGCUGGCGGCAUUGGCAGUGGAAAUGGAGCGAGUAGUUCUACAACUUCCGUGACAACACGGUCUGCCAACUGCCGUCCGGCUUCUUCCGUGGCGUCGGCGCCUAACACAGCGGCCUCUCAUCACACUUACAGCCUUUACGACAGCAAUUGUGGUAGUGACAGUGUGGACGAAGGCGGAACUACGACACUUGUGAACUGUUCAUCAUUUCUUCGUUCGACCACCAGCGAUAGCAGCAGCAGUAACAGUAGUGCCACCACAACCACCGGCAACACUAUCAAGGCUGGACUUAGUUUAAAUGAUGGAAGUUUCGGUUUGACCGACUUUUCGGUGCAACAACCACUUUUGUGGUACAUGUGCGAUGAUGACAAGAUUAAAAUAAUGACGCAGCCAGAGUUCGAGGAGAUGCUUUCUCCCAAUCGUCGCCAUGUGAUAACACCCUACCUGCUGUUCUAUGCACGCUACGAUGUUCAACAAAAGCUGCUGCAACCGUCACCAGUGAAAUCGUCCUGCAAAUCAAGCUCGACCGCUAACGCUGAGGGUAGCAGUAUGCUGUUUGUUCCAGAUCCCGCCGGGUCUCGGCACACUCCUCAGUAG